AUGGCUGAUGAGAUACGUAGAAGGCGAAGACAAGAUCUGACAAAUGGGUAUGUGAUUGACGAAGAGGAUGGACCUCAGACUACUGAUGAUGUGCUGGCCGAUGAGCCAGUU